UUGGAGCCAACACACAACAACACUUCUUCUUACUGACCCCAUAGAAGAGGUAAGAAGAAAAUAUUAAGCAAACCAAACACGACAUUCUUAGCUAGCUAGCAAGAAUGGGGUCAAACAGGAUAAGGGCGUGUUUGGGUGCAGCAUUGCUGUGUUUGGUUGCUGUAAUAGGGGGAGGGGAGGGGGUGUCACAGGUUCCAGGCUUGUUCAUAUUUGGGGAUUCAUUGCUUGACAAUGGGAACAACAACAACAUCAAUUCUCUGGCCAAGUCUAAUUACCUCCCUUACGGCAUCGAUUUCCCCGGCGGCCCCACCGGACGAUUCUCCAACGGAAAAACCUCCGUCGACGCCAUCGCUCAACUCCUCGGGUUCGACAACUUCAUCCCGCCCUACGUGACGGUGUCGGGCCCACAAAUUCUCAAGGGUGUGAACUAUGCGUCCGCGGCCGCAGGAGUUAGAGAAGAAACGGGUCGACAACUGGGUGGGAGGACAAGUUUUUCAGGGCAGGUGAACAAUUACAGGAACACAGUACAACAAAUAGUGCAACUGCUAGGGGGUGCGAACCAGGCGGCGAGCUAUUUGAGCAAGUGCAUGUACAUAGUUGGGAUGGGCAGUAAUGACUAUCUCAAUAACUAUUUCAUGCCUCUUUUCUACUCCUCCAAUCGCCAAUACACUCCCCAGCAAUAUGCUGAUAUUCUCAUCCAACAGUACAAUCAACAAAUUACUAAUUUGUACAACUUGGGAGCAAGGAGGUUUGUGCUGAUUGGGCUGGGCCAGAUCGGGUGCACGCCCAACGCUCUGGCCCAGAACAGCCCAGACGGUCGAACCUGCGUCCAAAGAAUCAACGACGGGGUGCAGUUGUUCAACAACAACCUCAGGAAGCUCGUGGAUUACUACAAUGGAAACAACACUAGCGGGGCGAAAUUCAUCUACAUCAACACUUACGUGAUCUUCCAGGAUCUCCUCGACAACCCCUCUACUUACGGGUUUACUGUGACGAAUGCUGGGUGUUGCGGUGUGGGGAGGAACAACGGGUUGAUAACGUGUCUUCCCCUGCAAAGGCCGUGCCUGAACCGAAACGAGCACGUGUUUUGGGACGCGUUUCAUCCGGGGGAUGCUGCGAACACGAUCUUCGGACGAAGAGCAUAUAGUGCUCAAACCCCCUCGGAUUCUUAUCCUUAUGAUAUUAGUCGCCUUGCUCGAGUGUGAGUGAAGAUGCACAUGUAAUGUCUUGUUGGGACUGAAGUUGAAAUUGCAUUCCAUACUUUAACUAGUCGAGUCAUAAUUUCGGAACAAAAGUUGUUUUGCUUCUUCUACUAAUUCAUUUUGUGCCCCUGGAAGUUAUUUGCGUCUCAAUGUUUUUCUUGAUCUUGCAGCUUCAUCUUGUUCUAAAUAAUAUACUCUGCUUUGAUUUCUUGAUUGGAAAUUUGGGACAAUUAACCCAUUUGGUUCUUGAUUGGGACAAUUUGGGACAAAUAAGGAAAUUUGGGAGUACAAUAUACUGUUAGUCAAUGU